CCCAUCUUCUUCAAUUUCAUUCCUCCAACAAUAAUGGCUUUUCCUCGUCUCAUUCUCAGCCUCUAGUGACAGCAGCAGCAGAAGAAGGAGAGAAGAAGAUCUUGGCUGGAGAGGCUAGGGGUCAUGUUUAGGCCAAAGCACCAAUCGAGGGAGAUCGUCAUAUCAAAAGGCGGUAGUGGUCGUGCUGAAGACAAUCAAGAGAUUUCAGGGUGGAACAAUAGUAAAUUUCCUUACCUUAUCAAAGGAAAGGCUAACAAGAAGAAGAUUAUCCAUCCUCCCAUCGAAUCCCACUUCCUCCUCCCUGCAAUGAAGAGCGAGAGGCGGUCCUCGUCACCGUCGAUUUCGAGCAUGAUGUCGGUGCUCAAGAGAAUUGGGAGGAACACGAGUUUGAAGAUGACAUUGGAAGGAGCUCACGACCCUAAUGAUGAAGAAGUUGUGAACAAGUUCCGGGAAGUUCUGUUUCUCGAGGGUCAUUUGCUAGGCAAGGGAAAUGACUAUCAUACCCUCUUGCGGUUUCUUCGGAUGAGGGAUUUUGAUAUUCCAAAGGCAAAAGACAUGUUUGUGAAUUACAUCAAGUGGAGGGAGGAGUAUAGGGUUGAUGCCAUUGCAAAGGAGUUCAAGUUUGAGGAGGUUGGGGAGGUGAAGAAAUGCUACCCUCAUGGGUUCCAUGGAGUGGACAGAGUUGGGAGGCCAGUGUACAUCGAAAGGCUUGGAAUGGUGAACAUGGAUGCCUUGCUUGAAGUGACCAAAAUGGAGAGGCUAGUGAAGUAUCAUGUUUGUGAACAGGAGAAGACCAUGAAUUUGAGGUACCCUGCUUGCUCAAUCAUAGCCAAGACUCACAUAGCUUCCACCACCAGCAUCUUGGAUGUGAAGGGAGUGGGAAUGUCCAGUUUCUCCAAGCCAGCUAGGUACCUUUUCAUGGAGAUUCAGAAGAUUGACAGCAACUACUAUCCAGAGACCUUGCAUCGGCUGUACAUAGUGAAUGCUGGAUCUGGGUUCAGAAUGUUGUGGAAAGUACUGAAGCCAUUUCUUGAUGUCCGUACAUUGAAGAAGAUUCAGGCAAGAUCGACGUGUUGGGAGAUAGCUACAAAAGUGAACUUCUUGAAGCUGUUGAUCCAAGACAGCAACUUGCCAAGCUUUUUGGGAGGAAGCUGCAGCUGUUCUGGUCAUGGUGGCUGCUUGUUUAGUGAUAAAGGGCCAUGGAACAACCCUGAAAUUCAGGACUUGCUUCAGGUACUUGCUGUAACUGAAGAAGGCUACGAUGAUGCGGAUAACACGAGUUUAGCUUCAGAAGACGGCUUAGCAACACCGGGCAGUGGACAAAUCGAUCAGAGAAGGCAAGAAGAAGUGGUUAAGAAGCUUGAAAAGAUUCAAGCAUUGGAAGCUGCACUCAUGGAAGCCAACACAAAACUAGAAGCCUUGGAAACAGCUCUUGAAGAUACCAAGAAGGUAGUCAAGGGACUUUCACAGCACAUUCAUCAAACCCUCAACUUCUGCAUAGAUUAAUUAUUAUGUCAUUAUCAUUGUUGCUCCCAAAAACCAUGCACUUCAAGGGUGGUUUGGUACUUCACUCUCUUUUUCUCUGUUCCUUCUUCUUUUUGGUGAACAAUGAUCUAUUCUCAAAAGUGACUUGCAGCAAAAGCAUGAUAAGUGAAUUCAAAUAGGGUAUACACAAGUCAAUUGCAACUGCAAGCCCAAGUGAACUUAGCUGGUACCAAUGUUCUAAUUCAUUAGCUGAUGUGUAAUAUGUAGACUACUCGCGAC